UUUCAGCUCUUUUCUCCUUUUGACUUAAUUAAGUAUGAUUUUCAAAAAGAGGAGCCAGUCAGAAAUAAACAUGGAUGGUGUGAAAGAGUUAAGAUUGGUGAGGCUGGCCUUCUAAUAUCCAAAGUGACCUCAAAGAAUCCAUUCUUUGGCUAUUCUGGCAAUAAGAGAGAUACAGCAAAGAAAUUGCUCUGUGAUGUGUUUAAGAGGAAAGAUUGCUAUUUCAAUACAGGAGAUCUGAUGGUCCAAGAUCAAGAUAAUUUCCUUUACUUUUGGGACAGGACAGGAGAUACAUUCAGAUGGAAAGGGGAGAACAUUUCCAUUGCAGAAGUUUCUGAUAUCGUUGGUAUGUUGGAUUUUAUACAGGAAGCCAAUGUUUAUGGGAUUUCUGUGCUGGGUUAUGAAGGGAAAGCAGGCAUGGCCUCUGUCGUCUUAAAGACAAAGAAAUCUUUAGAUUUGGAAAAACUGUAUCAACAUGUGAUGACAUAUUUACCCAGCUAUGCCUGCCCUCUAUUUUUAAGACACCAGGAAAUAAUGGCAGUUACAGGAACUUUCAAGCAACAAAAAUUUCAGUUGAUGGAGGAAGGAUUUAAUCCAUCUACAAUCAGUGACCCACUUUAUUUUUUGGACCAUUCUAAAAAGUGUUAUGUAGUAUUAACCAAAGAACUGAAUGAUAAGAUCUUAUCUGGGCAGAUGAAACUUUAA